AUGCUUCGCCCCCUUCGUGCUUGGCCCACCUGCGGCUGCGCAACACACAACGCGCUCACAAGCCUCACUGGUCACGCUUUGCUGUCUUGGGCAUACCGAAGUCUGAGCGCCAGCAACUGGAACCAGGACCACAGCCAAAUCAAGGCCAAGGCUCAAAGUCACACUUUUUCGCUAGAUGCGAAGUACCUCCGUGACUCCACGUUUGCUCACAUCACACGUCCACAACCCAAGAACCGCGCACACAAUCUGUGGCUGAAGCGCCCUCCUCCACCUCAACGCCCGGCCCCAUUCUCGCUUGGCCCCGCCAGCCCCAGCCCCAAAGAUGCGCGGUCAGCGCGCCCCGUGUCAGGCUAUAAAUACCCCCUUUUUGCUAAUCCGCAUUGGGUAAAAGGCUGGAAGACGAACGGCCCGUUCAGGGCCAUUGAGAAGAUCAGGCGCCUUGGGGUUACGAGUGUCAACGCGCGUCGUGGAAACACCGUUGGGCAGAGAUCGUCGCAGAGUGGUGCAGGGCUGACCUUGCUCGACCUCACAAAGUCACAACAGAGAAAGUCACAUGUUGAAUAG